AUGAAAAACGUCAACCCACCAACUUUUAAGGUAGACACUAACGUCGCAUCCGAAAGUUGUUGUCAAUCGUCAUCACCCUCAACUCCCAUGUUCGGCUCUAUACCCCUUACCUCAACUAAACAAUCGCCAACAACAUCGUCUUCAAAAGAACCACCUUUCAGACUUCCCACAGUUGCUACCAUUUCCUUAGCUCCUAAUACAACCACCACUGUGGUUACAACGACAACCACCACGACUACUUCCUUUCCCCCCUUAUUAUUAAAAGCUCCACCUUUGCCUAAAAAGUUAGAUCCAAAGGAAUACCCUUUAGCCGAUACACCAACUCCCCCGGCGUUGAAACGUUUUUGUUUUGAUUUAAACGGGCAACCGGCUUACAUUCGUGAGGAUGAAGAUUCUGAACAACAAAUGAUCAAGCUUCAAGAAGCAUUAUAUAAUAUGCGAGCUUCUGGACCUACACCAUCAACCUCAAGAACGGUUAAGACUAGUAUGACUUCUACCCAGCAUAAAUUGAAUGAAGAGAUGAAGCCCUCAGGCAGUGGUGCUCGUAAAAGGCCUGCUUCUCCUAAUGAAUAUGCUUUUGAUUUCUCUAAUGCUGGUCAACAUUCUAAUGGCGUUGGGUCUUAUAGCGAAAAAACUUCUCGCACACGCAGGUCAUUAUCUCCGCCGCUUAAAAAGGUUCGCGCAAAGUCCAGUAAUAAUACUAUGCUGGAGCAGGAUGGCGAAAUGAACUCACAAAGACAAUGGAUGGAAUUGACUGUAGACUUUAGAAAUAACAAUUCUAAUUCAGGAAUCGUGAUACCAAGAACUAAUACACCAUUAAGUAAUGUACAAGGUGAACCGUCAACGCCAACCAUUCCUCACCAACAAAGUCCUGUUUCUUCUACCAGACAUUUUAAUACAAUCUCUACCCCUAAUCUUGGAAUGGAUACUCCUUCAACCACGCGAAGCACUCACUCGUCCGCUCUUCCAUCGCCUUCACUUUCACCGGUUGGAGUUGCCACUUCAAGUACAAACCAAUUUGAAAGUUAUUUUGCGGAACAUUCCGUCCGUGAUGAUGCUGAUGUUGACGAUACCACUGUUGAUGAACCUUUAUCCGGGGACAAUAAUGAAAACUGGAGUUUGCAACAAACAUCUAUAACGGAUGAAUCUCAAAUUCCAAGUUUAUGGGAUUUAAAUACUAUGCUUACUACAUUUGAUGCAUUACCGUCUUCGAUGAAAUCAUAUAUGCUCUUUCAAUUGCUUCGACGUUGCCCUACAAAUACUCUUCAAUAUGUUAGCAACAUUAUCUUACCUGCUUUGAAGAAAGAUUUUCUUGGCAUGCUUCCUCUUGAGCUCAGUUUACACAUAGUGAAAUACCUAGAUGCAAACAGUAUGUGCAAAGCUGCUCAAGUAAACAAGAGAUGGAGAAAUGUUAUUGAUGGUGAUGGAUUAACAUGGCAACGACGUCUUACAUUGGAUGGGUUUUGUGUUGAUGAAAAUGAAGAAGCUCGUGCUAUUUCAGAGAAUUGGGGACUUUUGCGUUCAAUAAAAUCUUCACGCAAUAGAAAUCGGUCAUUAAACGUUGUUAACAACGAAAGUGGCAUGUCAUCUUCUGAAGAGAGAACCGUUGUAGAGAUUGAUGAUGAUGAUGCUGACAAUAUGAGAGUCGUCACGGAGGAUAUCAAUAUUAAAAUAGAAAGUUCAUCCGGAUCAUCGAGGAUGAUCCCAUAUCAGACUAAUCUUAACGAUUGUAUGGCUGUAGAUAUGGAUAAUGUAGAGCUUCCAAAAGAUCACUCUCUAGUUACCGACGAUAAUGAUGGUGAUGCUAUUAAUGACUCCUACACACUUUCACCAACAGGUACAGAUGAGCCUUCUACUGCUAGCAGAAAUUCACCUUUACUUGUCAAGGAAUUCUCAGAAUUGCAGGACAAAGGCAAAGCUCGAGCCGUUGAUGAAUGGACAAGCUUUGGUGCGGAAGAUCAAGAAACACACCAAGAUGAUGAUAGACCUUAUGAUGGUGACGAUAGCGAUGUUGAUGCUAUGUCUCAAGAGAGUAGCGAUCAUGCCGAACUCUCUGAUGAUAGACUUCCACUUCCACCUUCUUCAAAUCAUCCGUAUAAGGCUAUAUACCGUCGGCAUUUUCUUAUGAGGCAAAAUUGGAUUAAUGGACGACAUAAUCAUAUAUCUUUUCCCGGGCACGGAAACAAUGUUGUUACGUGUCUUCAAUUCGAUUCCGAAAAAAUAAUUUCAGGCUCUGAUGAUCAAUGUAUUAAUGUGUAUGAAACAUCUACUGGAAGAUUAAUUAACCGGCUGGAAGGACAUGAUGGUGGUGUAUGGGCAUUACAAUAUGUUAAUAAGACUCUAGUUUCGGGUUCUACAGAUCGAACGGUUCGAGUAUGGGAUCUAGAAAAGGGAAUAUGUACACAUGUAUUCCCAGGUCAUACAAGUACUGUUCGUUGUCUUCAGAUCAUAAUGCCACAGAAUGUGAAUGCGAAUCUUAAUGACCCUCCUAUCGUGGAGCCACCAGUUCCUCUGAUUGUCACAGGUUCAAGAGAUUCCACAUUGAAGGUAUGGAGAUUGCCUAAUCUUGAAACGGAUCCUCAGUACCUUCCUACGAUUCCUUCGUCACCUUCUGACAACAAUCAGUAUACGGAUAAUCCAUAUUAUGUUCGCACGCUCGGAGGUCAUACACAUUCUGUUCGCGCUUUGGCUGGUGUAGGCAACACAUUAAUAAGCGGUAGUUACGAUUGCACUGUAAGAGUUUGGAAUAUUAUGACUGGUGAAUGCGUUUGGCGGUUGCUUGGGCACACACAAAAGGUUUAUUCAGUUGUAUUAGAUGCAAAGCGGAAAAGAUGUAUGAGUGGGAGCAUGGAUGGCACGGUAAAAGUGUGGAGUCUAGAGGAUGGAACGAUUGUAUGGACGUUAGAAGGUCAUUCUUCCCUUGUUGGUCUCCUAGAUCUUUCACACGACUACCUGGUAUCAGCUGCUGCUGAUUCUAGCUUACGAAUUUGGAAUCCAGAUGAUGGAACUUGUAAGCACGUUCUAACGACCCAUUCGGGGGCCAUUACCUGUUUCCAACAUGAUGACACCAAGGUAAUAUCGGGAUCCGAUGGAACGCUUCGAAUGUGGGAUGUCAAGACAGGACGUCAGCAACGUGAUUUGCUUACUGGUUUAAGUGGCGUUUGGCAAGUAAGAUUUGAUGAACGUAGGUGUGUGGCGGCAGUUCAACGAAAUUCUGUGACCUGGUUUGAAGUAUUAGACUUUGGAGUAUUUGGUAUUGAAGAUGAUGAUGAGUCACAAGGAGGGAGUUGUACUGAUGAAAAUGGAAAUUGGGUUGAUAGAAGAAUAACUGUUGGAAAUGGUAUCGAUGAUUGA